AUGGGGGAGUACGUCAAAUCCAACAAAUUGGUAGCCGAGGCCCGUGGUCAUACUCCCUCAUCUGUGAAGGUCUACAAGCAAAUCCGCCGAUCCGUACAGCGCUUCGAAGCCUACAUUCAAAUUGAGCUUGAUACCUGCAAUACCACAUCCGAACGCGGGAGAUGGACGCAUAAGUACCGUCUCCUGCUCGCCUUGGAUUUCGAAGCAGCAAUCAAUCUCAAACACUGGAACGACAUCCCGAGCAUAAUUGACAGAGCCAGCAAUAUGCUCGACGACAAGCUCUGCUCCGCAUUCCUAGACUGUAUCCUCCGCUCUGGGGCGCCAGCUUCCAACAUUGCACAGGUCGUCAAGGUACCUCCCCCCCAAUCCAUCAAAUUGACCUCAUGUAUGUCAGAACUACAUCUAACAAAUACACAGAGUAUAAUCUGCAGCUUCCACUCCUCACCGUCUCCAUCCUUCAGCGCUGGAGCUUUCCUCCAGAAACUUCCCCGAUAUCUACGGUGCCUGUUUCAGAUAGCCCUGGAGGCAAAAGACUACUCGCUGGCCGAGUCAGUUCUUCACCAAGCUAUCGUUCUAGCUCGGGAUGGCUCAGCAGAUGCAGACUUGCCAUUUCUAUAUCCGAGCGACGAGCUCAAAUGGCUUGCAAGCAUGGGUUUUAAUAGAGCGGUCGAUUUGUAUGUUGCCUCGGUGGAUGAGGACUGUCGGAAAUGGGGAGACAUUGCUAUUACACUGGCUGAUUUGAUAAGGGAUGAUGGCGGUGCGCUACUGAGACUGUUGCGACAAAACUAUGCCAAACUCAUGUGA